UAAACGAUGAAAUCUUGAAUGGAGCUCUUCAGUUUUUCAAAUUCAGUAGAAUAGAUUCUCAGCUGCGUAACCUCUGGUUCCAUAUAUUCAUGACUGUAUAGAUCCACAAAGGGGACUACUCCCAUGCCUCUAAACUCACAAACCACCAGGCGUCCCCCGUCAAGAUGCAGACUCUUUUUCCUGAACACCGCCAUUUUUUUUCGAACAAUCACUCAUAGUUUGACUCAAACACCCCUCGUUAUAUAAGACAUCUCACACAUUUCCACACCCCCAACACGUUCGCCACGCCCAUCAACGCCCUUUAAGAUAUUACUCACGUUCUAAAGUAAAUAACAAAGUCACGCCUCCUUCCUUUACCCCCACCUCCUCAGCCCAUGACCUUUAUCGGCCGGUUGGGGGGAGUGUUCUAGAUGUAGGAGGGAGUGGCCUAGAUGGGUCAUUUGUACUUUGCUAUUGAAGAAACAAGGCUGGUGGAUGGACGGCUGACAGGGCAGCGGCGUGGAGAAGGAGGGGCUGUGCGAGCUGCUGCACGGUGCCGCUUCCCACCUCCUCCUCCACAACCCCAUCACCACUUCUCGUCCCGCCACAUGGCGACGGGUGCCCUUUCUUUCCCUGGGACGCAAUAAAAGUACCGGUGGCUAGGAGCAUGUAGCGGGGUCCCGGUCGGAGCCGCGUCGGGCGUCGCUGGUGUCGACGGCAGAGAGAACGCAAACGUUCGGGCAGCUCACUCGGUGCGCUUUCUUUCACCGGAGAGCAUAUGAACGUCAGCCUUGCUGGCUUGCUUUCCCCGCCUGAAGCGAGUGCCUUGGUGGCUUUGCUUGACUAACUUGAACGUGAAGACAUUUCACAAAGUGGCAAAAGGUGAGGACAGGCAUUGAUUGAUGAAUUGAUCGCCUUUUUCCCCCGCUCGAGGAGGAGGAAUUCGUACGCCUGCUGAAGCUGAAGGGGCCAAUAUGCCAGGAUGGGUCCUCUACAGUAUUUCUUUCUCUGUGGACUUCUAUACACCAAAAUAAGCACCGGUUCUCGCCUUCGCCAGGAAGACUCCCCUCCUCGCAUUGUCGAGCACCCCUCUGACCUCAUUGUGUCCAAGGGGGAGCCGGCCACUCUCAACUGUAAGGCUGAGGGCCGGCCAGCCCCUACGGUGGAAUGGUACAAGGACGGGGAGCGCGUCGAGACAGACCGCGACAACCUCCGCUCGCACCGCAUGCUGCUGCCCAGCGGGUCCCUCUUCUUCCUCCGCAUCGUCCACGGACGGAGGAGCAAGCCCGACGAUGGCAGCUACGUGUGCGUGGCCCGCAACUAUCUGGGAGAGGCCGUGAGCAGGAACGCAUCUCUGGAAGUGGCACUGUUACGAGAUGACUUCAGACAGAAUCCACAGGAUGUGGUGGUGGCCAUCGGGGAGACCGCUAUUCUGGAAUGCCAGCCUCCGCGAGGGCAUCCUGAGCCCACCACCUUCUGGAGGAAAGACAAGGCUCGCCUCGAUCUCAAAGAUGACAGGAUCACGGUCCGUGGAGGAAAGCUGACCAUCUCCAACACAAAAAAGAGCGAUGUAGGGAUUUAUGUGUGCGUGGCCGCCAACAUGGUCGGGGAGCGAGAGAGUGAAAAGGCUCAACUCUCCGUGUUUGAGAGGCCGGUGUUUGUGCAGCGGCCUGUGAACCAGGUGGUCUUAGUUGAUGAAAGCGUGGAGUUCAGGUGCCAGGUCCACGGUGACCCACCUCCCACACUCCGUUGGAAAAAGGAGGACGUGGAUAUUCCCCGUGGCAGAUAUGACAUCCGAUAUGAAAAAGAGGAUUUCUUGCUGAAGAUAAAGAAAGCAGCCGUCAGUGAUCAGGGGACCUUCACCUGUCUGGCAGAGAACCGUGUGGGCAAAGUAGAGGCGUCGGCUUAUCUGACUAUCAGAGCUCGCCCUGUCGAGGCGCCGCAGUUUGUGGUGCGACCACGUGACCAGAUUGUGGCUCAAGGACGAACAGCGACCUUUCCCUGCGAGACCAGAGGCAAACCUCAGCCGACUGUUUUCUGGCAGCGUGACGGCAGCCAGGAUCUGCUGUUCCCCAGCCAGCCAACACUGGGCGACAGUCGUGUGUCUGUGUCCGUGAAUGGAGAGUUGACCAUUUCAUCAGUGCAGCGCUCAGACGCAGGCUAUUAUAUCUGCCAGGCCCUCACCGUAGCAGGCAGCAUCAUGGCCAAAGCCCAGCUGGAGGUGGCAGACGCACUGAAGGACCGCCCACCGCCAAUCAUCCGUCAGGGCCCCUACAACCAAACACAGGCAUUAGGGGGCGUGACUGUGCUCAGGUGUCAGGCUUCGGGGGAACCACAGCCCACCAUUACCUGGAGAAAGAACGGGGUCGGACUGCUUGGAAAAGACCCGCGCUUUUCCCUGCUGGAGCACGGCAGCCUGCAGAUCCAGAGUGCCAAGCUAUCGGAUUCUGGUCUGUACACGUGUGUGGCUACCAGCUCCAGUGGAGAAACGUCAUGGAGCGCUUACUUGGAUAUCACAGACUCUGGUGACCCCACAGACUUGGUGUCUAACAACCUGACAGCCCUGCCAGGACCUCCCUCCAAGCCAGAGGUCACGGACGUCACCAAGAGCAGCAUUUCGUUGUCAUGGGAACCCGGGCCAGAGGCGGGCUCCCCAGUGUCCUCGUAUGUCAUUGAAGCCUUUGGUCAGUCAGUAAGUAACAGCUGGCAGACGGUAGCAGACCAUGUGAAGACCGCCGAGUUCACCGUCGGGGACCUCCGACCCAAUACUGUCUACCUGUUCAUUAUCAGGGCGGUCAAUGUUCAAGGGCUAGGAGACCCGAGCCCCAUGUCUGAGCCAGUCCGGACACAAGACAUCAGUCCCACAGCACAGGGAGUGGACCACCGUCAUGUACAGAAGGAGUUGGGGGACGUGGUGGUCAGCAUGCACAACCCCGUAGUUCUCAAUUCCACUUCUGUGCAGGUCACUUGGACUGUGGACAAUCCAUCCCGGUUUAUUCAAGGCUACCGUGUCCUUUAUCGGCAGACGUCAGGACUGCCCUCCCCGGGACCGUGGCAGAUACAGGACUUAAAAGUCUCCUCGCAGAGGGACAUGACUCUUAUGGGACUGAAGAAAGGAAUCGUCUAUGAGAUUAAAGUGCGACCAUACUUUAAUGAGUUCCAGGGUGCAGACAGUGAGUCCAUGACAGCAAGGACUAUGGAGGAAGCCCCCAGUGCGCCCCCACAGCAAGUUGCGGUGUUGCCUGUCGGGACCAGCAAUAGCACCUCCAUCAGCGUGUCAUGGGACCCUCCGCCCGCCGACCAACAGAAUGGCAUCAUCCAGGAAUACAAGAUCUGGUGUUUGGCAAACGAAACCCGGUUCCAUGUCAAUAAGUCUGUGGACGCAACCAUCCGUUCAGUGGUCGUCGGGGGUCUGCAGGCUGGAACGCAGUACCGCGUGGAGGUGGCUGCAGGCACCAGCGCAGGAGUGGGGGUCAGGAGCGCCCCCCAGCUCAUCACCUUGGGUGCGGAGCAGAGGGACGUCAUGACGGGUUCGGAGGGCAACAAUAGCAUCUCAGACGUGGUGAAACAGCCGGCCUUCAUUGCCGGCCUGGGCGGAGCGUGCUGGAUCGUCCUGAUGGGCUUCAGCGCGUGGCUGUACUGGAGGAGGAAGAAGAGGAAAGGACUCAGCAACUACGCAGUCCAGUCCUUCACGUUCACCCGUGCAGUCACAUUCCAGAGAGACCGAGGCCUGAUCAGAAACGGAAGUCGUCCAGGGCUGCUGAAGGCGGGUGACCCCGGUCUACCCUGGCUGGCGGACUCAUGGCCCUCCACCAGCCUCCCAGCAAACGGAGGAUUGGGGAGUCCGAAGGGCGGCGGUAACUUUGGCCGAGGAGAUGUAUUACCGGCGGCGGCGGUGGAGAAGACGGGCACCAUGCUGUCAGACGGUGCCAUCUACAGCAGUAUCGACUUCAUGGGCAAGGGAGGCUACGGCAGCCCCGUGCAAGACAGCCAGCCCACCCCCUACGCCACCACCCAGAUACUCCAGUCCAACAGCUUCCACGAGCUCGCUGUAGACAGGCCAGAUCCCCGCUGGAAGGCCUCUCUGCAGGCACAGCAGGAAAUAGCCAACCUGGGCUACUCGCUAACGGAUAGACGCCCUGCCACCGGUGCAAAGCUCGGGAAGAAAAAGAAGGUGAAGGGUGGAACAAAGAGCUCUAAAUCGAAUGGGACAUGUUGGGCUAACAUGCCCCUGCCUCCACCACCCAUGCACCCUCUGCCUGGUACUGAGGUUGACCUUGACCGCUACCCUCAGGAAAGCCACGGAGGAGGAUAUGACAACAACAGUUGGGCCCCGCCUCUCUCGCUUCAGUCCUACCACCACCAGAGUUUGGACGAUGAUGUAGAAGAUGAGAGGGGUCCCACUCCUCCUCUAAGAGGAAGAACGUCCUCGCCGGCAACAGCAGCAGGUCCUUACAAGCAGCCUUCAUCGUCCUCGCUCAGCUCCGCCCACCAUGAGGAAAUGCAGUCUAUUCUGCAGGCCCAUUUGGAUGAGCUGACCAGGGCUUACCAGUACGAAGUAGCCAAACAAGCCUGGCACAUGAAGAGCAAUUCAAGCACGGCCAACACCGCCAUGCCUCCCAUGGACUUCAUGUCUUCUACGCUGGGCUCCGAUUUGGGAGACACUCGCCUCUCUGAAGAUGAGGAGGAAGAACGAUACGCUGUGGUGUCGAAGAAUUUAUGCGGCUUUGACUACUCCCCUGGACACACACUGGACAAUCUCGAGGUCUCAGGUAAAGGCUCCCCGUCGUGUCGCUCGGACAGCUCUGGCACAGCAGAUCGUGGCCCGCAGAAUACGCACAGCCUUGGCCACAAGAGGGCGCAACUAGCUGGUCUCAAACCCCAGACGGGUAAGAUCGGAACGCUGCCCAGAAGAAAAGACAACAACACGGAAGCCCACGCACCCGCAGUGAAGAGCCUUCACAGCAGCGGGUCCCGCAUGAACAGCUCGUGGGCGAGCACGGCCUCGGAUCACUCUGAGGAGUGCAUGGUGACUGUUUCCACGCUGGAGCGGCAGCAUAUGACUUCCUGGGGCGCCACGCCAGCACCCAACAGGGCCACGUUGAGUCAGGCGUCCCACAACAGACCUGGCACAGAAGCCUCCCACAACGGCAAACUUCUCACAAACAGCACAGAGAAAAGGGAUCACUAGUCCUUUGACGCUUCUUCGCCUGCAUUUGCUGCCUGUCCCGGGACACCUUGUGUCUAAGUGCUUUGAGAGGUGGUCCCUUGGCGAGUGACCGGGAAGGAUGGACGGGGGAAGCUGGGGAAGGAGACGGAAUGAAGUCAGAGCAACAUGCCAAUGAACAUGUGGAGCUGUAAAUGUGUACAGGACACAGACACCAGUCUCACCAGUGUUUCCUUCAUAGCGCCCACCCCCUUCUUCAAACGUGUAAACAUGCUGUAUGACCACUUCUACUCUCUAUCACUACUUGCUGUACGACGAUUCACACAAAGGAAGAAAAAUGGACUCAGAGGACUUGCAAAAUGUGUAAAUAUAUUUUCUAGCUUAUUUUUUCUUUUGCUUUGCUAUGCAAGCUUUCUUGUCUCUUUGGUGAUUUAUGACAGUCAGUCACUUUUCAUUGACGCGCCAACCAUUUGCUUAUUUCGAUGACGCUACCGUAUUGUCGUACUUUGCACUUUGAGUGUUUUGGUGAAAAUAAGCACAAAUCCAUGGAAGAGCAGAAGCAUCACGGCGAGGGUGCUCGUUCACUGGGCGGUGCUGCCAUCCGUUUCAAAAUCAUCCCAUAUGUGGAGCGCUGAAUAGGGAGCAACGCAGGAUGGGAAAUACGCCCGCAGGCUGCGUUGGAUGCUCCGUGCUGGGAGUUCUGUGAUGGAUUCUGCUAACGACGACUCCUUGCAGAGGGUUACACUUCCAAGCGACACAUCACAGCAAAGACUUUGCUUUCACUGCCCAUCCUUUAAAGGAAAAGUGCACGUUUUGACACGUCUUUCCCUUUUCUGUGCGUUCUAAAGAUACAAAAACAGCUAAAAAGCGGCAGCUAAGAAUGCACGUAAGGGGACGCACCUGUCCCGACUAUAAAGCCUUCUGAGAAAACCUCCGAAAACCGUCAACAACGCUCCAUUUAUAUGACGUGACCUGCAUGUGAGCCAAACCACAGCAACAUUGUUAUUAUUAUUGUUUUGUUAUUGUACUAUGUAUUCUUUAGUAAUCAGCAGGAGAACAUAGGUAAGUUUCAGGGAAAUAUCAGUUCCCAACUAAAACAGGGAGAAAACAAGCUUGUUGUGAAAAGAUACAUUUAUAGCAUAACUUUCACUUUGACACUUUUGUGACAGCUCAAAUAUCUAAACAACUAUACCACAACACAAAAAUGGUUGUUUUUCAUGAAAAUACCAAUUAAUUUACAAAUAUAACACCAUGAACUAUUUACAAUUUUCACAUUUGGAAUUUAACUGUGUGCGCGCACGUGCAGGCGUGUGCACGCGUUAAGAUGUCCCUGCGAUGCGUAACCUUCUGCACGCUACGUUCCUCCACGCUCUCCCACUCCCUCCUUGCUGUCGAGUGUGUUUUUCCAUGCAAAAGAUCCAUACCGAGCUCUUAUCAAAUGCACUUCAGCCACCUUGUGACAUUCAUUUGUGUGCAGUUUUGCCUCUCACGCAAAACAACUUAAAAGACAUAUAAACACGUUGUUGGGGUCGGUCGUUCAGGAUUAUAAAAAUCCUUGUUACACCCUAGUUCCCAAAAUACUACAAGUAUGACAUGUUAUCAUGAAAGUACCUGGUACUACACGCUCACAGCAUGGAUAGAAAACCACUAAACCUUCUUGGAGCUUUUUGGACGUGUUUUCAUAGGCUGGAUAAGUGCGUCCCAUUAUGUGCAUUCAUGAGCUGCCGCUUCUUUAUCGGUUUUUAUAUCUUUAGAAGGAAAAGAGAGAAGGAUUGUGGAUGAUGGACAAAAUUCCAAAAACAGUGCAGCUUUCCUUUAAAAGCGCUGUUAAUAUAAUCUAAAUAUAUUUAUUCAUCUUUCUCAUUCAUUUUCAUUUCAGUGGUAUGAUACCCGUGCAACAUUCAAACCACAAACCGCAGGAAAGGCAGCGGAGAAUAAGUCACUGCGAGUCGCACGACGUGUGCAAGCACAGUGGAACCUCAGUCCAAUUUGUUCCAACUUCAACACCAAGUGACAUUUAUUACACUUUGGGGUGUCCCGGGAAAACAAAACCGUAUUGGAGUCGUCCAUCGGUGUAUCACGGGUUUUCAGAAAUGAAUGAAUGAAUGAUGGCUGUUUGGUGCUAGACUACAGUCUAUUCUUAGUCUAAACAGAAGGAAAUACAAGUGAUGUGCAGUAUUGUGGUCACUAGGUGGCAGUAAUGACACAAAACAUUGAGACAUUAGCUUACAUGACAUUACCUUAACAGUGCAUCAAGUCAUGAAGUCAGCCUUGGCAUGUCUUACAUCAUAGAGUGAGAAGAAGUUGUCCUCCCAUUCCAUGUGGAAGUGGUAAGUGAAUGUUUACAAGUGAGCUCAGGAGACGUUACGUGCACCCCUAGUUCAAAGCGCGACAAAGAAGUUGCGGCUUAUACACGGGAAGUGACAGUACAUUGGUUGUUUGGCAAAAUGUCAAAUAUGAAUAUGCGACCUUCACUGGGAAAGGUUUGGACACCCCUGAUUUAAUGCAUAUUUUCUCCAAACAAGUUGAACAGACUUGGUUGGAGAGUUAAAGGGUCCCUGACAUGAUUCUAAAAUAGAUUAUAUAUUGUUUGUAAUUAUGUUCUACAUAGUUCCAUUUUUUAAAGCUGACGGUAAAUAACUGACGUUUGUGGUAGAUGGCGCCCGCCAUGAUGCGCUAGCUCUCGCAGUUCAGCCUCAUUCCAGAAGUGAUGUCAUCGGGGUGACACCUUUCGGCCUAAGCAGAGCAAACAAACGCUUCUUGUGGCAGAAGGUCGACUUGGUUCGGUGUCGCUUUCAUCAAAAUAGUAGUCAUGCCAAAAGGUUGUGUUGCUGCUGGAUGUUCAUCGUGUCCCAGUGAUACUGUAAGUUUGUUUUCUUUUCCGAAAGAGAAAGCUGUAAAACAAAGCAAGUGCAGAGAACGAGAGACAGAUGAACGCCCACCUCGAGUUCUGUUCUUUGCAGUGAUCGUUUCACUGGUGACUGCUAUGAAGGAACACCUUUACAAGAAGCCUUUGGCUGGAAAGUACGCUAUAAACGCAUUUUGAAAAAGGAUGCUAUUCCGCCAGUACACAAAACAAGAAAGAUAGAACACUGUCAAAGUUGCCGCAGAACACAAUACGUUGUGUCUUGUUAACAUUGUAAACACUAUUCCAUGAUAGCGACAAGGCUGUAAAGCAUUAUACAUGUUAUAUCAACAUCUUUUUUCAGCAAUAUGGAUGUUUACUGCGGGGGGCCAGGGCGGCGGCUGUGACGGUGAUGAAAGAUAAAUAAAUCCAUUUAAAUCAUUAAAGACCCCUUUGCUCUCAUUAAGAAGCUGAUUUAAAACCAUAACCGAAAGAUGAGCCACUCCCGAGUCAUUUCCACUUACCAUUCUGUGUUUGGAAGGCGACCAAUCUUCAUCUCUUUGUCUUCAGGCCUAAGUCCAUGUUCUGCAAGUUCUCCAUUUCAUCUCCAAAUGUUUCUACGUCCUUGAAAACUCUUGACACAAUCCUCAAAUCUUGGCUAUAAUCACCGUAAACAUCCUCUGUCUCGUGCACCGCCAUAUUUGUUUACCUGGGUGAUAGUACCCCGAUGGCAUCCCUUCCGGAAAUGAGGCUGAACAGGAGAGCUAGCAUGGGUGGCGCCAUCAAUUAUAAAUGUCAUUUUUGCGAAUUUAUCGUUCGCUUUGAAAAACUGAACAAUGCAGAACAUCAUUCCAAACAAUAUGAAACAUAUUUAAGCCAAGUUGAUGAGUCAUGUGAGCGAGGUUCCACUGUAUGACUUGGCAGGAUGACACCAAAGGUGGACCAUGAAAACACAGCAAGAGUGUGAAGUCGCACGGAUGAUGAUUGCGUCAUCCAGCCUGAACUUUUUGUAUGAUUUGCUACUAAAUUCUGGCGAGGUCAUGCCGUGCGUUGACGCCACCUGGCGUUACGAGAUGAUUUCUUUGUGUUUAAACAUUCAGUGGAAAAUCUACUCCACCCAUUUACACCAUCUUCUUCCCAAGCUGUGUUGAUUUGAAUGUUGCCAAAUCGGGACUUUGUUGUUUUGUUUUUUUCCAAUUGGGAAAACCUUGGCUGUUUUUCCAGCUGGUGCCGUGGGAAUUGUUUGCUUUGAGAUGGUUCUGUCUGAGGAAUCUUCACCUGCCGGAGCGGUUUGCCCUCAGGAACACGCAGACAAUUUCCUUUCAUGCAAAAAUAAAACGUGGAUGUGAAAAUGAACCACGUUUCCUUUCCUUAAUGCCUCGUGCCGUUGGAAAAACCUUUGAGAAAUUGCUUGGGUGUCAUUUAAGGGGGUGUUCUGUUUAGUGGGUCAGCUCGCUGUGUUGAAUGGAAUGCCGGACUUGCGUGUUCAGCAAAGGUAGCCGUCUUUUAAAGCAGCCGUAUCGCCAUGGUAACCAAGUUGACACUCGCGCAUGAACACGCCGCAUGUUGAUGAGCACCGUCGAAGUGCUGUUCAAUUCUGUUUGGAGAAUUUAGGUUUUGUUGAGUCGCAUCUUGAGCACAAAGCCUGGGUGGGUGGAGCCUCUGUUUUCCCAGGACAUGUCUUGUUUUCAGGUCCUGUCCUGUUGUUUUUGUUUCUUUGAAGUGAAAAUGUCCUUGGCUUUUUUUUUUUUUACUUUUCCUGAUUUUUAUGCGACGUAAUCCCCGAGAGGCUGCCGUGUGGGCGACUUUUUUUAAUUGGUAUCGCCAAACAGCAACAGGUACACACACUUAUCACCAUGUGACACACGUCGAGGUGAAAUCUUGUCUAAUUGGGCACAUUUUUCCUGAAGAUACUGGUUACGUCCCAAAAAACAUAUUGGACUUCACGUUCAUGCGUCGUUCGGUUUUUAGAAUCAUUUUCUUGCUGCUUUUUUAAGAUAAGAUAACAUGAGAUAAGCCUUUAUUAGUCCCACUAGGGGAAAUUGCAGCUUUACAGCAGCAAAAACAAAAAGUACGAAAACACAGAAGAGCAGAGAAAGUGCAAAUUCAAGGGUUAUCGCACAGUUUAUUGCACAGUUAUUGUACAGGAUUUUCGGAGCACUUUUUGUUUUGUCUGAGAGCUGCAGGAAGGAAAGACCUGCGACGCCUCUCCUUCACACUCUUUGGAUGUAUCAGCCUGUUACUAAUGGAGCUCCUCCCAAUGGAGGGGGCGGGAGUCUCGGCUGCCCACCUCCCCCACCUGCUCCAGAGGACGUCCCAGGACAGAGCUGGCCUUCUUUAUCAGUUUGUCCAGCCUCUUCCUGUCAGCUGCUGUGAUGCCGCUCCCCCAGCAGACCACA